AUGGAAGAAAGUAGUUCGGGUAACAAUGGAAGUGGUAAUCCCGAUUUUGGGAUCUUUUGUUAUUGCAGAGAACUAACACCCUUGAGGAAAUCUGGAACACAAAAGAACCCAGGUCGAAGGUACUUCGGAUGUGCAAAGUAUAAGGUGAGCUACUUGGAUUGUGGUUUUUUUUGCUGGUAUGAGCCUUGUGUUUUGCAAGGAAGGUCUGAUUUGGGGCCAAUGAUGGUUCAGACAAAAACAAACGCUGUGAGGACUAUUGAACAAUGUGAGAGUUCAGUAUCUAUGAGCAUUAGUGAAGAAAUGCAGAGGACAACAAUCACAAUGAAGAUGAAGUUUGAAGCCAUACAGAAGGAGAUUGAGGCAAUGAAAAUUUGA